ACCUUUCUACCUAAAAAAACCUUUUCUCCUCGAACCACGUAGUUCUUCAUAUUCUUCCUUUCUUCAGCUGCCGUCACCGGUGGUGGUUCCCGCCGCCGCCGUUCACAACCGCACAUGUGCCAUUCCUAACCGUGCCAGAGUUGCUUCCAACCGCAGUUCACGGGGCAUCGUUAUCCGGUUUCACUUCGAGAGUUCACUUUGCCGCCGCAAGCACCUAUGCCGCUAACCGUCUGAAGAUUCCUUGGGAGGACCGCAAAGGUACUGAACCCGAUUUCUUGUUGUGAGGUACUGAUUUGGAAGACCAUACUAGGAUUGGUUUGUCCUGAGUAUGCAUGAGUUCAUUACGACACCACAGAGCAAAGUUAAUGAUGAACAUAUAUUGCUUUGGGAGGAAUCUUGCCACUUCAGUAUCCUCUUUGCCUCCUGUGCAGCUUCCAGCACAAAAGGAAGCACAUUUUUGGUAUGUUUUGCCUGAUGAGGUAAAGAGAAAAAACCUUUUGGACCGUUAUUUCGAAAUUCUAUCACCUUGUGAGAAAGAAAAUGUACUUCGUAUGCGUGGGGAAGACCUACAGAAAAGAGCACUCCUAGCUCGUGCAUUGGUUCGCACCACGUUAGCAAGAUAUCAGGUAAAAUGUCAGAUUGAUCCAAAAUUGUUGAAGUUUAGGAAGAACAAUUAUGGAAAGCCUGAGGUAGACUUGCAAUAUGCUGAUGAUUGGAGCCUACCGCCACUGCAUUUUAAUUUAUCUCACACUUCAUCUUUGAUAGCUUGUGGUGUAACUAUGGGUUCACCUAUUGGAAUUGAUGUGGAAGAGAAGCAAAGGAGAUUAAAGAAUGAUAUUUUAGCCUUUGCACAACGAUACUUUUCUCCCCAUGAAAUUGAAAUGCUUGCUCACAUUGCCGACCCUGAGCUUCAGCGUCAGGAGUUUAUCAAAUUAUGGACUCUGAAGGAGGCAUAUGUAAAAGCACUAGGGAAGGGCUUCUCAGCUUCACCUUUUAAGACUUUUACUGUUCGAUUAAGAAACCAUGUAAAAGGAGGCAUCCAUCUGCUGCCUCAAGCGAUUUCUAAGGCACCUGAAAUUACUGUUGAGCCUUCUGAUGAUAACAUGAAGAAUCUUUCAAGCAAUUGGGAGUUCGUGCUUCUGGAUCUGGCUGGUUCUCAUUAUGCUGCCGUUUGCGUAGAACAGGACAUUAUGAGUGCAGGCCAAGGGAGCAUUCCAAUAAGUGUUACCCUGCGAAAAACAAUCCCAUUUGUUGAAGAUGAAUGUAUUUCUGGAAAUGAUAGAGCUGUGGUGAUUGGUGGCUUGAGCAAACUGUUAGUGUGUUGAUUAGUGAUUCUUUAAUAAAAUCGAAGUUUUACUCACAGCUUUACAUUCAGCAUUUUAAAACCUGUGGUGCUAAUUUAUUUUAAUAAUUUAGUCAUCUUGCUUAUAAUAAGAUCCUUGAAAAUUACUCUCUUCUGCAUUGUUUAUUUUUCAGACUCCCUGAAAAAGUUCACGAAACUUACCUGUAUUUAUGUAUAAACCCCAGAUAGAAAGACAAAUUAAAAACAAGUCUUAACUGAUUUAAUUCAGUAAUUAUCUCAUAAUUGUUGUGAUUAAAUAUCAUUUUCUUAA